CAUAAAUGUUACCUGUGAACAAAGUAGAUAUGGUGGUAUGCAGACCAUUGAACUUCCAGGCAAGAAUUCAGGACCACAGCAUUUGAGCAGUACGCAGUUUUAACAUCUGGCAUAUAAUUGUACCUCUGAUUGUGCUCUGAGCUUUACGGUUCUGCAUUUCAUAGUACAGUGCAAGUUAAAACACAGCUAUUUUCAGAUUCACCCUGUAGCUGUGUUGUAGUGAAGAAGGUUACUGAACUCUGAUUUCACACUAAAGUUUCUAUGAUCUGAACUCCGUCACACCCACUGCCACUAGAGGAGAAACAAAACUGACUGUGAGACUGGAAGCAAGUCUGACUGAAGGGACAAGCAGCAGUGUAUGUCAAGACUUCGAAAAAGAGGUCUAGAAAGGGCAGAUGAUCUGUGGUAGGACAACAAAUAUGCACCUGAUGUCAUCACAUGAGAUAACAUUUUACAGCUAACAUAAUAUAAUCGGUCUGCACAAGUAUCCAGUUGCAUCAGACUUAAACCAAAACAAAACAAAAAAAAAAACAAUAGAGAGAAGAAAAGCAACAAUCUCCUUUUUUAAAAACAUGGCUGUUCCAGAAGUUCCUGUGGGAAAUCUCAUUGACUUUGACUCUGAUGUCCCUGCUGCUGUAUCAGCAUCACCUCUACAAAAAGACUUGGACAGCAGCCAAAGUCUACAGCAUAAUGAGCCUGAAGACAGCAUUGAGAGUGAUGCUACUGAAUCUGCUGACAGUGAGAAUGACAUGAACGAUUCACCCAACCAUUUUGGAUGGAACAACUCCAGGAGGUCCUCCUCCAAUGAUUCAUUCUCAUCCAACCUGAGUGCAGAGUCAAUGGAGGAUGAGGAGACUGCAGAACGCAGGGAAUUCAUGAGGAAGUAUGUGGAGAAAAUAUUUAGUGCCACGGAAGAUGUAGACCAAGAAGAGAAGGCACGAUUUGGAGAACUUUGUACUGGUGAAAAUGGCAAAGGCAGGGAAUGGUUUGCCAGAUACGUAAGUGCACAGGUAAUGUAA